AUGAGACCCGGUUCGUCGCCGUCGGGAGGCCAAACCAAGUCGUUCGCUUCUCCGCCGUCGGUUACAUCGUCAGGUUCCGCUCAUGGGUCUUCGCCGGUGACGAGCUGCUCAGCAGUCACCCCCUCGUCCACAUUCGCUAAACGGAUGAACUCUACGAUCUUCAUGCUCACAGCCUACGUGAGGGUUCGUGACAUUGAUGGAAACUACUCCUUAGCUCGCGCUCUUUUGGAUUCAGCAUCCGAGCGAAACUUUGUGACCGAAAAUCUCGCUCAACGAUUGCGUCUCAAGCGAGAAAAAUUAGACGUCGAUGUGUACGGAAUUGGCAACAGCGUACAGCAUGUCUCUCAAUCGGUUUCGGUCAACCUGUCUUCUCGAGUAGGUUCCUUUAGCGCUAGCAUCGACUUCCUAGUGCUUCCCAGCUUGACCCGAAUCUUGCCCUCCACAAACGUGGACAUUUCGAACUGGAUAGUACCUCGAAACCUCCCAUUAGCAGAUCCCAAAUUUAACGUCCCCCACGGCAUCGAUAUGAUUAUUGGCAUACAAUGGUUCUUCACACUACUGAAAGAUGAUCAAAUCUCUUUGGGUCCCCAGCUCCCUAUACUACGCAAAACAGUAUUUGGAUACGCUGUAGCUGGUGAUCAUGCGACCACCGAGCCAAUCAAAACAGUCGUGUGUAAUGCAGCGCUCACGAUCGACAAGCUGACUGCCGCAGUGCAAAGAUUCUGGGAGGUAGAAAGUUUUGAGGAAGGGAAAGCAUUGUCGCUGGAGGAACAGUAUUGCGAAGACCAUUUUGGAAGCACCCACACAAGAGCCCCUGACGGUCGGUACGUUGUUCGAUUGCCGAUUCGCGAAGAAAUGUUGUCGGAACUCGGAGAGUCGUUACCAGUCGCUCAUCGAAGGUUCCAAGCAAUGGAGAGGAAAUUUCUCACCAACACAAGGCUACAUAGUGACUACACUCAGUUCAUGGAAGAGUAUGAGUCGCUCGGACACAUGGAAGUGGUCAAACCCGAUCUGUCCACUCCACACUUCUUCCUCCCGCACCAUGCGAUCAUUCAACCGGACAGCCCGACGACCAAGACCCGAGUCGUUUUUGAUGGGUCGUGUCGGUCUGCAAACAAUCUCUCGCUCAACGAUAUUUGCUACGUAGGUCCAACUGUUCAACCACCCCUUCUCGCAACGAGUAUGAAUUUUCGCAUGACCAAGUACGUUAUCACCGCCGAUGCCGGAAAAAUGUACAGGCAGAUCUGGGUACACGACUCCGAUCGUGCUCUGCAGCAAAUUGUGUGGAGAAAGUAUAAGAGCCAAGAGCUGAGAGCCUACCAACUCAACACUGUGACCUACGGUACAGCAUGUGCGCCGUUUCUCGCAACUCGCGUUUUGAACCAACUUGCUGAUGAUGAGAAGGAGAAGUUCCCGUUGGCAGCAACACUGGUGAAGCGUUCAUUCUAUGUCGAUGAUUGCUUGGCUGGAGAUGACGACAAGCACCGAAUGAUGGAUAGUUGUGACCAGCUGAUAGGAUUACUCGCAUCUGGUGGCUUCGUUCUGAGAAAAUGGAGCUCUAACGAUCCCGAAAUUCUCUCUCGUAUCCCCGAAAAUCUCAGGGACAAUCGUGACGACCUAGAAAUUGACAAAUCGUGCUCGGUCAAAACACUAGGUCUGCUCUGGCACCCUCAAAUUGAUUGCUUCGGAUUUAAGGUGCCAAAACUCUCGUCGUCAGAACCGGUCACGAAGCGGAUUGCCUUGUCCGAAAUGUCCAGACUAUUCGAUCCCAUGGGCCUAGUGGGAUCAGUGAUUGUAUCCGCGAAAAUCUUUCUGCAGUCACUUUGGUCCAAUUCGUUCACUUGGGACAGCGUGUUGCCGCAGGAGUACCAGGACUGGUGGAAAUCGUUUAGGAAGGAAAUCGAGACUUUGUCCUCCCUAAAAGUUCCAAGAAAAGUUCUGAUCGAUAAUUUCGUCCACGUCGAGUUGCAUUGUUUUGCAGAUGCAUCCGACAAAGCAUACGGAUGUUGCCUUUAUGUGAAAUCUAUCGAUAGAUGUGGAAAAUCGGCUUGCAAUCUCCUCAUCUCGAAGUCCAGAGUAUCCCCCCUAACACGACAAUCAACACCUCGUCUCGAACUGUGUGCAGCUGUGAUGGCAGCACAGCUAGCUGAUAGCGUGAAAAAAUCAAUCGACCUGUCCUGUUCCACCACAUUCUGGUCAGACUCAAGCAUAGUGCUUCAUUGGAUCGCAUCAUCGUCAUCGUCUUGGAAAGUGUACGUCUCCAAUCGCAUCGCUGAAAUUCAUCGGCUCACUCGUGGGAGUGAAUGGCGUCAUGUGCCGUCAGUAGCGAACCCAGCAGAUCGCGUCUCGCGUGGAGUUCCUGCCUCUCUCGUCGUCAACGAUCAAAUUUGGUGGCAUGGGCCAUCGUUCUUAGCAGCUGAGAGGAACCGUUGGCCAGAGAAUAUCAUCGAGCUUUCUCCACUCCACCUCCGUGCAAGAGAGGAAGAAGUUCGGCAAACCGUUUCGUUGGUUACAACCUCGCCGCCCAUGGCAAUUUCGCUCAUCAAAAAACAUUCGACGUUGGUUCCUCUCACCCACACUUUCGCAUGGAUACGGCGGUUCGUAUCAAACUCUCGCUUGACCGCUCCAAAUCGUGUCGUAGGUCCACUCACCACGAAAGAAGUGGAUGACUCGCUAAGAUGGCUGAUCGGACAAGUUCAGGAAGAAUGUUUCUCUGCUGAAAUACGUUUUCUACAACAGAACCCUGGUCCAGUCAAGAAGAAUUUUAGUUUCAAAUCCCCUUUGAAAAAGUUGAACCCGUUUUUAGAUUCUGAGGGCCUGCUGAGAGUCCAUGGCCGCUUGGAAUUGCUAGAAGCACCUUUCGAUACCCGAUACCCGAUUAUACUUCCCGCAAAACACCAUCUAACCAACUUGAUCGUCACAAAAACCCACAUCGACACCUUGCAUUCGGGACCUCAACAACUCUUGUCCACACUCCAACAAAGGUUCUGGGUCAUCCGAGGAAGAGAUGCAGCGAAACGUGUAGUGAACAAGUGCAUGGUCUGCUUCCAUUGUAGGCCGAAGCCAAUCGAACAACUAAUGGGCCCUCUACCAGCGGCGAGGGUAACUCCGUCGCGCGCAUUCGUGAAGUCCGGCGUGGACUACUGCGGUCCGUUUUUCGUUCGGCCACCGAAUCGUCGCGGAAGCUCGGUGAAAAUAUUCGUCGCGAUAUUCGUCUGUAUGGCCUCCAAGGCAGUCCAUAUCGAAAUGGUCUACAGCCUGUCGUCGGAUUCGUUCGUAAGUGCGCUCAAACGGUUCGUUUCACGUCGCGGUCGCGUGUCCGACGUGUAUUGCGAUAAUGCUCGUACUUUCGUUGGGGCAAAUCGCCAGCUCCAGGAGCACAAGCAGCAGUUUAAUGCUAUCCACCGCUCUACCGGAUUAGCAGAAAGCUGCACCGAAGCAGGGAUCAACUUCCACUUCAACCCAGCGCGUUCUCCCCACUUUGGAGGGUUGUGGGAGGCCGCCGUCAAGAUCUUCAAACAUCAUCUCUAUCGCAUCAUGAAGACUACGCUCCUUACCAUCGAAGAGUUCCAAACUCUCAUAACUCAAAUCGAGGGAAUCAUGAACUCACGGCCUCUCACAUCCUUAUCAUCUGAUCCUGCUGAUGUGGUGGCUUUAACACCGGGCCACUUUUUAGUGGGAGAGCCAUUACACUCUCUUCCUGAACCCGAUUUGAGUGACAUUCCCGUUAAUCGCCUCAACUCUUUCCAGCAUAUGCAACAGAAGGUACAACAUUUCUGGCGGGUGUGGUCUCGUGACUACAUUGGGCAGCUCCAAAGUCGUCAACGUUGGCCGUUGGUCCAACCCGACAUCCAGGUUGGAACAAUGGUACUGCUCAAGAAGGAAGCGGCUCCGCCAAUGAAGUGGCCCCUUGGUCGGAUCGAAGCCGUGUUCCCCGGCAAUGACGGCCACGUUCGAGUCGUUCAAGUCCGAACGGCUACUGGCUGCUAUCGGCGGGCCAUCACUGAAGUCUGUCCUCUGCCCAUUGAGAGCGACGCCGAGGCGAACGAAGCACCAGACGCUCCAUCUUCACCGGGUGCACUACAUGCCACCACCCCCUACGGAUGA